CAGGAAUCUUGAUCGUGGAACUCUACCAGGCCUGUGCGUCAGUGCUGCUUUCCAGAUCUGGCCAUAAGCCAUCAUGCCGCAAGCCAAUGGACGUUGGGUCUGUGAUGCCGAGGGCUGUGGUCGCUCAUUCAGCAGACAUGAGCAUCUCCAACGCCACGUCCUGAACCACGCUGAAGGAGAGCACACUUGCGAACGUUGUAGGGCUCACUUCAAGCGACCCGAUCUUCUAGAACGCCACUUGGCUCGACAUAGACUGAAGGACGCUGAAGGGGGCACUUUGAUGACUCGUAAAAGGCUGUGGAAAGAUUCAGAAGGCCGCGUGGUCACUAAACGCCCAGCACUUGAAGAACAGCAAUCCAACCGUGCCGUGAACCAUUAUUCACUCCAGGCACAUGCACAUCAACCGCCCGCUCUACCUCUUUCGCCUCCAGGAAGCUCAUCAGAUCUUGCCAUAUCACCCACAGGAUCCAAUGAAGCUACGACACGAUUGGUGCAGCAGCCUGCCUACACGGGUCAAGCGGAAAACUUUGGCAAUCCGUUUCUCCAAGACUCACUAGACGAGAACUUCUUCUGGGAAAGCACGGCAUUGUCAUCUGGUCCAGAGCCCACACUUGUGUCUGAGCCCUUUGACGACAUCUUUGCGCCAGACACCGCGAGUAGCUUUAACAUGCCGUAUACUACCGCGAACAACUACAAUUGGUUAUUUGAUCUUUCGCUCGAUCCAUCCAUUGGCAACACUGGCCUCCAACAACCCACAGCAGUCUUCACCCAGUUCACCACCCUUGAAACUCCCCCUACAACACAUACACGUCAGCCACCGCAGGCGCAAAUGGUGUCGAUGCAUUCCAAGCUGGCACAGAAUCAACCAAGGGCAGCCACAGUCAAACAGCUCGACGCGGUAGCAAGUCCGCAGCAAAGACCAAGAGAUAGUGUCGUCGAUGAUGCAUCUCCUCUUCUCCAUCCUAGCGAGUGUCCGAUGUCUCUGCUCAACCACAAGCAGACACUGCCCUCCCUGGACGAGCUAACCAGGGAGCGAAUCAUGGAUGUGAUCGAGCAUGCCCGGCCCACUCUACCUGAUGGCAGUGUUGUGAUGUUCGACCAUCCGAGGUUAAGCCUGCAGUCUAUGCAAACAUAUCUCGAUCUUUUCUUCACGCGCUUCAAUGUGGCCUAUCCGCUGAUGCAUGCGGCAACAUUCUCCCCGCCAGCGACUGAGCCGAUCCUGCUCACCACCAUCAUUCUACUUGGUGCAACAUACAGCGACAAAGACUCGCAUCAACUAGCAGUCUGUAUACAUGAUGUUCUCCGGCCUCAAAUCUUUGCCAACCCGGCCUUUUCUGCAAAGCCGGAACUCUGGGUCUUACAAGCCAUUCUCCUGACUGAGUGUCUGGGCAAGUCAAGAGGCGGUCAACGACAGCACGAUAUGAGCCAUUUGUUUCAUGGUCUUCUGAUCAACUUGAUACGUCGGAGCGAUUGCCAAACCAUACAACCGGAAAGCCUGGUCUGCAGCGACGCCGAUGCAGAUAUAGCAAGUCGGUGGCAGACGUGGGCAGAAAUGGAGCAAAAGAAGCGUCUUGCUCAGCUGUGCUUCGUCUGGGAUGUUCAGCAUGCCGUUCUAUUCAGCCAAAGCCUGUGCAUGUCCGCAUUUGAGCUUCGCUCGACUCUGCCUUGCGACCAGGCAAUUUGGGAAGCAGAUACGCCCCAUGCGUGGAUCGAGGCCUGGAAGUCGCAAGACCACUCACCGCCUCACUUGCUCGCUGUGCUCAAGACAUACCUCACGACGCAUAUGACAAAGCGAGUGAAUUUGAACGCAAUCUCCCACAUAAUCCUUCUGCACGGCUUGAUGUCUGUAUCCUGGGACAUGACGAGGCGCGAUCAGACCUCACUGGGCUUGCUUAGCAAUGGUCUCAGUGCAGGCAGCUGGCGAGAUCGCAUGGCGAAAGCAUAUGAGAGCUGGAAGAUUGACUUCGAUCAUUUCACCGCCUCCACAGGGACCAAUCUCAUGCGUUGCACAGGAGAUCCGGAAGCUCAGCUAUACAGCGUUCAGCGCUUCGAUUCAUUUGUUGCCGCUUAUAAUGCACUUUAUCACGCCGCCCAGCUGAUUUUGCUUGCCGAGAUUCUGGAUUUACAAAUCUAUGCCGGCGCAAGACAUAUCCUCGGCCGCUCUGUAUCCAGAAUGGACUACUCAAGAUCGCAGAAAGUGGUUAAGCGUUGGGCCAACGAAGAUGCAAGUCGAGCUGCCAGAGCUGUGUGGCAUGCCGCUCACAUUUUGCAAGCAAGUGCAAGGCACUCUGACAGCGAGUUCGUGGUUGGUGAUCUCUUUCAUCAUGCUUGGACCUUGAUCCUUGGUACCCUGACCAUCUGGAGUUUCUAUCAUUCACGGCCUUCAUCGCAGACCGAUGACGAUGAGCCGAUUUGGGAUGCCAAAGAGCACAUGCAUCAACAACUGCACUUCAUGACAUCGGCGAGCCCGGAGACUUUGGCGACUGUGACGCCUGCUGCUGGAAAGAAAUGUACUGCCGGCCUGACAUCUGUCGUUGUCAAUAGCCUGACCAAGAUCCGCUGGGGCGUGAUACACGAUGGCACAUCAGUAUUGAAGGGCCUAGUUCCGUGGCGUCUGAUCAGUGAGGAUGAUGGCCGCACGUUGUAGUCUCUCAUGCAGAAUGGUCAUUCAUUAUUGCCCGCCCUCCCGUCUGCCUGCUCUCCACGGCUGCUGAGCUCUACUAACUUAUCUAUCUUCCAAUAGCUUUCUUUUCAAGAUAUCGCAGACCGGG